AUGGCUUCGGUAUUGCAGAUGGUUCUGGACGAGUGGCAACACGACGCCGCGUGGAAGAAGAUCCAGCAAAAUACUUUCACGCGAUGGGUUAAUCAGCAUUUGAAGCCUGUCAAUGAUACAGUCACGGAUCUGGAGACAGAUUUCGAGGAAGGCCUGAAACUAAUUCGCUUAGUUGAAGUGCUUUCCGGGAAAUCGGUUGGUCGAUACAACAAGAAAGUCACUUUCCAUAGCCAGAAACUGGAGAACAUCUCUCUUGCGCUGGAGUUUCUAGAGAAAGAGGAGAACAUUAAGCUUGUUAACAUCGAUGGGUCUGCAAUAGUCAACAGGAAUUUGAAGCUAAUUUUGGGCUUGGUUUGGACACUUAUCCUGCAUUAUUCGAUCUCAAAGCAAGUCUGGGAUGGGCAGUCGAGUGAUGCAUUGGAGAACCAGGAUUUGCCACCAAAAAUAAAACUUAUGACCUGGCUCAAGGAAAAAUUACCCGUCGGACUUCCGUUCAGUAAUUUCACAUCGGACUGGAAUGAUGGAAUUCUGCUCGGUGCUUUGGUCGAUUCUUGUGCGCCUGAUUUGGAAGUUGGUUGGCGUAACUGGGUACCAGCGCAAGCUCUGCAAUCCACUACUACUGCUAUGAAGCUUGCUAACGAUCAUUUGGAUGUCGCAGCGCUUAUCACACCGGAGGAGCUCAUCAAUCCAGCUGUUGAUGAAAAAAGCGUGAUGACAUAUUUGGCACAAUUUCCGGGUGCAAAAUACACCCCGCCACUGGGUCGUUUUCUCGAACUGGACAACGUAGUGGUCGUUGGUUGUGAUACGAAGCUCACGUUGAAAACGCGAAGCUCAGCAGUCGCACCGGAAGUGAUCAUUCGAGGACCGGAUGGCUCUUCGCUGCAGUACAGUCAGGAACAAGUGUCCAACAAUGUAUACGUAUUCAAAUUCAAGCCAAUACUUGCCGGUGAACAUGAGAUUAUGGCGGCAGCUCGUGAUCGUGCAUCCGGUGAUUCCGCUCAGUUGGAGAGUGCUAAAAUAAUUGCUGUGGAUCGAAUUCGUUUGGUUUAUGAAGAUAAUACGGAAUGUGACAAACCAAUUGUACUAAAAGUUCUGAAUGCCGGCAGAGUUUCUUCCAUUGAGAUUUUGGUAACAGCUCCGAAUGGUGAAGAAAUUGUGGUUCCAGCUGUAAUCGAUGACGCCGUUUACAAGGGGCAAUUCACACCAAAACACGAAGGCAUUUAUAAAAUAAACAUAUUCCAGAAAGGCGUCCUUGUCGCUGAUAGUCCGUACACUCUUCGAGUUAUUUCUCAAGGUAGUUUUUCAUUGCGUUGCGCAAUUCUCAUUGCUCUGUGUGUUGUAAGUGCGGUCGAAAAGUCUUGUGAAGUUUGA